AUGAUGUCCUCUAGAGGAGAGAAUUCAAAUUUCGAAGCAGAAGAAUCUCUGCUGUACUCUGCGCGACAUGGAGAGUUAACUGUAGUUAAAGCACUUUUAGAUGAGAAGAGGGAAGGGAAAUUAACUUUGGACAUCAACUGUAAAGGUAAAAGUAAAAGCAACCUAGGAUGGACACCACUACACCUGGCGACAUACUUUGGUCACAAAGAAGUCGUGGAAGCACUGAUGGACGCAGGAGCAGAUGUGGAUGAAGUGAAUGACUCUGGAGACACAGCCUUACAUAAGGCUUCAUUUAUUGGCAAUGAGGAGCUAGUAAUCCUCCUGCUAAACUACAAAGCAGAUGUGAACAUAAUGAAUGGUGAAGGGAAGACGGCGAUUGACGUGUGCAAGACACAAGAUGUUCAGAGGCUGCUCGAGGCAGCAGGACUUGCUGAGAGGAGAGACAGAGAGAGGAAACUGUUGACUGCUGCUAGAGAGGGACGGGUAGAUGAAGUGCAGGAAUUGCUAAGCAGCUCGAACCCCCCAAGUAUCAACUGCGUGGACGCUCAAGGCAACACUUGCCUGCACUGCACAGCUUACCGAGGCCACGCCAGGGUCGCGGUGUUGUUGUUACAGAAUGGAAUUGAUACCACACUGAGAAACAAUAGCGGUCAGCUAGCAAUAGACUUGGCGAAAGAUAACGAGAUGCGUGAAGUGCUAAACGUUCGGCCCGUGCAGAGGUUACAGCGAACAGCCGUCAGGUUCGAAGGACCGCUCAUGAAACGUUCGCGGUUUCUUGGCUGGCGACCAAUUUGGGGCGUGCUUCAGCGCGGAGUGUUCCUAUACUACGGGUCGAGAGCGGAGGCCGCCAGGGAGGGCGGGCGGUGGCGCGACCGCAAGUACCUGGACGGCGCCAAGCUGAGCGCGCCGGACUCCGAGCCCGCGCUGCUCGUGGUCAACUACAGCGAUGGCGAUAACCACAGGCUUGCUGUGCCGCAGGGGGAGAGCGUCAACGCGUGUCGACAGUCUUGGAUCACCGCACUAAAAGAGCACAUAGCAUACUCCGGCCACUACCUGUGGGCCGGCGCGCCUCCCGACUCCGCUCGAGAAGCCACGGAAGACCUGGAGGACGAGUGUAAACCAUUAGGCUCAAUGCAAGACGCACUAACUACGGCGACCAAUAGCCUGGCGCUGCUCGACACGCAGUUGCGCGAGUGCGCCGCGAUAGUGGCCGCGCUCGACAAGAGCGUCAACGUCGGCAACUCGCUACACCACUCCGCUUAUAUGAGGUUCCAACACGCGUGCGGUUCGGGGCAGUCCGCGCUCGCAGCGCUGCGACACUGCGCCGCGCUGGUGGCGCAGGCACGCGACAGGGACAAACACGCUCUCGCCACACAGAUAGAGAGAAACAGAGUGCUGGAAGAAGCGUUAGCGGCGCUGGCGAGAACGCAUCAUGCGCUUGAAAUGUCGGUGGCGGAAGAACUUACGAAGAGCAAAAGAAAAAAGAAAAACUCGCAAUCGAAUAACGACUCGAAAGAUAAUUUCUACGACGUUUACGAAGAUUCGGAUGACGACACGCUGGUGACGGCGGGAUUAAACAGUCCUUUAGGAGCCCUCAGCCCGUGGGGCAGCAGCCCUGACCUGACGAGGCGGACCCCUAUUGGCAGUGUAGAUGGUGACGGUGAAAGAACGCCAACGAACGAAGACCGCGAAGAUUUCGACCGUCGGUUAUCCAUGGCGUCAUUCUCGUCCGGGUCCCCACAGUCCUUGCACACAGCGCUGAGCCCCGCCAGCUCCAGGGGCACGCUGGUGUCCCAGGGCGGGCACGUGUACAGAAACGCACGACCUUACAAAAAGACCACUAAACCCAGGACGUCUCUCCCUGUGGCCCAAUUCAGCCGAGGCGACUUCUCCCUGUGGUCAGUGCUGAAGAACUGCGUGGGCAAGGAGCUCUCCAAGAUCACGAUGCCCGUCGUGUUCAACGAACCCCUGUCCUUCCUGCAGCGCAUGCUGGAGUACUUGGAGUACGCCCAUCUCCUGAGGAUGGCGUCCGAGCAGACGGACCCGGUGGCGAGGAUGGAAUAUAUCGCUGCUUUCGCAGUAAGCGCUCUGGCAUCCAACUGGGAACGAUUAGGAAAGCCUUUCAACCCACUCCUCGGAGAAACCUAUGAGCUUGAGAGACCAGAGUUCAGAGCCGUAUGUGAACAGGUAUCACAUCACCCCCCAGUGUCCGCCUUCCACGCCGACAGCCCUCACUUCGUCUUCCACGGCUCCGUACACCCCAAGCUCAAGUUCUGCGGCAAGAGUGUCGAGAUCCAGCCCAAAGGGCACGUCACGGUGGAACUGCCCAGGUGGGGCGAAGCAUAUACCUGGACCAACGUGAACUGCUGUGUGCACAACGUGAUCGUGGGCAAGUUGUGGAUCGAGCAGUACGGCGCCAUGGAGGUGACCUGCCACGGCGGCGCCGGCCUCAAGGCCAGCCUCGCCUUCAAGCCCGCCGGCUUCAACAACCGGGACUUGCACAGAGUAGACGGGUUCAUCAUAGACCACAACAAAAAACGUCUCCGCUUCCUCUAUGGCAAGUGGACGGAGUACAUCAAGGUAUGCAGCCCAGCAGCGUACGACCAGUGGGUGAAGGAACGCGGGGAAGAGUCCGGGACCCAGCAGACUCCCUCGCACACCCCCAAGAAGGUGCUCGCUAAACUCAACAGUUUCAAGGUUGGAGCUUUGAGAUCCAUGUCCAUACAGGAUAACGACGAGGCUGAAAAUUCUGAAGAUGUACCGAAACCUGAUGAAUCCUAUAACAUUGAUAUUCCCGGCUCAGUCACGCUCUGGGAAGCACGGCCGAGGCCCAGCAACAGUGCACAGUAUUACCAAUUCACCGAAUUCGCCAUGUCCCUGAACGAGAUGGAAAGGGACAUGAAGGGCCAGCUGUGCCCCACCGACAGCCGCCUGCGGCCCGACAUCCGCCUGCUGGAGCAGGGCGACAUCGAUGGAGCGGCUGCCGAGAAGACCAGACUCGAGGAGAAGCAGCGAGCCGCGAGGAAGAUGUUCAAGAAGAGUGUUGAUGGAUUCCAGCCACGAUGGUUCAGUCAAGGUACCAACCCGUAUACGAAGCAGGAGGACUGGCUCUACAAUGGCGGCUAUUGGGACCGCAACUACCAGCAUUUAAAAGACGUUGAUAUAUUUUAAUGCUUCCCUAUAGGUCUGUGUAUUUUACGACGCUAAUAUUAUGAUAAGCCUGAAACAAACAAUGCGCGUGGUGGAAACUACAUAGUUGAACGGACUACGUAGUACACAGAACGCGCGUGUACUCGUGCACGGUUUGUAUGAAGAUCACCCAACACUAGCCCGUGUCCGUCAAUAUUGCGCGUCUUGUUUGUCUCAGCCUCAAUCAGAAUUAUGUAUUCUAUUAUAAUUAGCCCCAAAAUUAACAAAACAAUAUUUGUGAUUCUUGGAAAAAAGGGGAAUGCCCAAGUUUAAAUAAAUUAUAUUUUUAAAAUUAAAGUAUUUUGACAGAAUUAUAUUUGAAUUUAAUGUAAUGAAAAUGUUGUUUUUUAUUGAGUAAAAUACAUACUUAAGUAAUUUAUUUAUUUAUAUCUAAGCGAAUUAUGCACGCUUGAACGAGUGUGCACUAUUUAGAAAUUUAAGUUAUUAAACGCCAAAUAAUUUAUUUAUUUAUCUACUCAUUAGUUGCUUAGCAACAGAGGUACGGUCCAACCGUUAAUAAUUGUAUUUGUUUUACCUAUCAUAAGAAUUUUAAAGUUAAGAAAUAUAUUUAGAUAUACUUAAAUAUAGGUACCUUCCUAACUUAAAGAAACUGAUAAGUACCUACGCUACUUACUUUUAUUUAAAAGUUAUCUAUUUGAAUAAUUUAAAAAAUAAUAAGAAUAUUACUUACUUAACUAUAUUUAUUUUCUUACAAAGCUCUAGCAGAAGAUUAUAUUGUAUUGUAUGGUAAAUGCACAAAUUAAAAGCAAAGUCAAGAAUUACGAAUUUCAAAAACACACGUACCUUCGUAAGUUAUAAAAUUUUAUAAAAGAAAGACCUAUUCAUUAAUAUUUUGCAGGGUUAUUCUUAAAAUACAAACCAAACACUUUUGAAGAUUUAUAUAUAAAAAAUCGAAAAUAUGUACAAGUCUAAAUCUUUACUAAGUAUCACAGUAUGAUAAAUUACCUUUUGAUUUUUAAUUCUUUUAAAUAUAAUAUGUGAGAACAGUGCACUAAAAAAGUCGAAUUUCAGGUUACUUACCUCAAAAAGCACCUUUAAAUAAUAGUUUCUACCCAGUAUUUUUUUUUUUAAAUAAAAUAGUUAAUUUUUAAUAAACUUGUAUUUUAGCGAUCUUUUUAUUUUUGAAAAACGGUCAUCUUUUUAAAUGAUUGAUCAUUUUUUUCAAUGACUAAGCUUAAAUAAUGCCAUUUAAAAAUAACCCUGUAUAAAAUAUGUAGAAUUUUAACUUCCUGCUAGAUUUUACAUUAAAUAAAAUACCAUUCAAUACCUACUGCACAACACUUUUAGAAAAAAUAUUAUUAGAUUACAUAUUAUUAUGAAAAAUUAAGAUAUUAUUCAUAUUAUACCUAUAUUUAUAGUUGGCUAAAUGUACAGACUGGUUUUUAAAAUAUUAAGUAGGUACCUACCUAAAUUGUCUUCUAGUCCGAAACUGUUGAUUUAGCAGAUUUUUUAUCUAAUGGCGCUUCCACAACAAUAAAAGUUUGCAUUGAGUGUCGCCGCCACCGCGCCGCCGCGCCGCAGGUAAUAUUAUGGCCGCAAAUUCGAUUUUUUUUUCUAAUAAUAUCUACUACUCAUAAUAGGUGUAAAUUUGAAAGUAUUUUUGUUUAUUGGUUUGUCCUUCAAUCACGUUGCAACGAAGCAAUGGAUUAAACUCAUUUUUUACACUGGUACAGUUAAAGACCUGAAAAACGUUGGCCACUUACUUACCUACUCAUGUGCUUUAAAUAGUUUUUUUAAACGCUAAAGAGCGUCCAACAAGUCCAACAAGACGUGACAAUAAAAUUAGAUGCCGACAAAACCACGGCAACUUUUUACUGUCGUGGACGCGUCUUUAUAGGUAGUUAAUUUUGUUUCGCAUUUUAAACAUUGUACCUAGGUGAAAUUUGUUAUUACUUAAUUAUUAAUUUAUCACUACGACCCACCAGGGCUCACUGGGGAAACCGCAAGGUUUUUAGGUUGGUUCUAUCAAUUAGUACAAAUUAUUUCCAU